UACUAGUAUAAAGAAUAUAGAAAAGCUAAAUAGGAUAAAUAAAAGAAAGUGAAUAUCUGAAUGAAUGAAGGAGAGCAGAGAAAGAUAAUGUUAAUUUGUGGGCCGAGUUUAUUGCCUUGCCUACGCGUUGGGGGUUUUGAAAAUUGCAAAGCGAAGAAGAAGAAGAAGAACAAGUGGAGUAUGAGUUGCAAAUCCCAGAGCGAUUGUGUGAGUAGAAAAUGGCGCAAUUACAGUGUGAGACUUGUUACCUUCCUGGCAGCUGCUACGGUAAUAGGUUCAAUUGCAACAGGCGAUGCAAUUUACGAACAGGAAGAGACUCUGUCAAACAUACCUCAAACUCUAUCGGGUGAAGGUAAGAAAGCUAAAAUACAGAAACCCAAGUCGAGGAAAGCGGAAUCCUGCACGGUUAAGUGUGUUACCACUUGCAUCAGAGGCGGCGAAGGCUCUCCUGGUGAAGGCCCUCUUAACGUCACAAGACCACUCGUUGUUUUCAAGCAAGGCUUUCGGACUCGUCACUACUGUUUGGUGGAGUGUUCGGAUAUUUGUAAUUUGAUGACCAACGCUGACGACAUGCCUUGAAUUUAUAUUUAUAUCCAUUACCGAUACUAAUAAACGUUAUAUAAUGUAACUAAGCUUCGCUUAUUUUACUUUUUUUAAAUAUUUUUUACAUUUCUUUUCUAUCAUUUUAUACAUUUUUCUUAUAAUAUUACAUAUUUAACUACA